GCUCGCGUGCCGAGGGGCGGGGUUGGGCUCUUUGUUUUCCCGCGCGCGGCACAAAGAAGCGCAAGAUGGCGGCCGUAGUGCAGAACCCGCUCAAGGCCCUCGGAGACCAGUUCUACAGGGAGGCGAUAGAGCAUUGCCACAACUACAAUGCACGGCUGUGUGCUGAGAGGAGUGUACGGCUGCCCUUCCUGGACUCGCAGACGGGUGUCGCGCAGAACAACUGCUACAUCUGGAUGGAGAAGCGGCAUCGUGGACCUGGUCCGCGCAGCCUCUCCCCCAACAUUUUUGGCGUUGCGCCAGGACAGCUCUACACAUACCCAGCACGCCGCUGGCGCAAGAAGAGACGGCUUCCACCACCCGAGGAUCCACGGCUCCGAAUAACCGAUAUCAGACCAGAAAGCGAGGUGCCUGUGAAGAAAGACCCAGAAUGCUCUAGCCUGGAGGUGCUGCUCCGUGGAGACAUGACGGAACGCAAAGGCGUUGACACCCGGGAAGAUGACAGUAUCAGCGAGUUCCAGAGAGUCUUUGAUGCCGAAGAUUAUUUGGACGAUUUGGACGAUGAAGAUUACGAAGAGGACACGCCUAAACGCAAGCCCAAGAGCAAAGGACGGGCAAAAGGGAAGCGUGUUUAUAAGAAGCAGUCUGAAAGACAAGUGGAGAGUCCUGCUGAUGAGCAGGACAAGGGUGAUAUGAGCUGUGAAGCAGGCAACAGUGGCAAGGCAGCAGCUGGGACCAGGAAGAAGAAUGAAGCAGCAGCACAGGAGGAUAAAGACAAGCCGUAUGCAUGCGACAAUAGUUACAAACACAAACGUAGCUCAAAAGCGUCUGAUAAAGUUUGCGGGAAGCGGUACAAGAACCGUCCUGGGCUGAGCUAUCAUUACACGCACAGCCACUUAGCGGAUGAGGAGGGCGAGGACAAGGACUCGCGGCCCGCCACACCUGUCACGCGCCGCUCGGAGGACCGCAAAGCCAAAAAAGGUCCUGAUGGGCUGGCAAACCCUAACAACUACUGCGAUUUUUGUCUGGGCGGCUCUGUGGAGAACAAGAAGACAGGACAACCGGAAGAAUUGGUUUCCUGUUCCGACUGUGGACGUUCUGGACACCCGUCUUGCUUGCAGUUCACUUCAAACAUGAUCGCCGCCGUCAAGACUUACCGUUGGCAGUGCAUUGAAUGCAAGUGCUGCAACAUUUGCGGCACCUCUGAGAAUGAUGACCAGCUGCUGUUUUGCGAUGACUGCGACCGUGGUUAUCACAUGUACUGUCUCAGCCCUGCCAUGUCUGAGCCCCCAGAGGGAAGCUGGAGUUGCCGCCUUUGCCUGGACUUGCUCAAAGAAAAGGCAUCUGUCUAUACCAACCAGUCAUAAGAUGGGGUCCUAGAUACCAACAUCUUCGAAUGAUGACUCAGUUCUCAAGGGCAUACCCAAUUAGUAAACCCAAGUUUGAGCCACGGUUUGUCUCCUGUUGCAAUUGGUAUCUAUUGAGUGUAGCUGAGAACCAAGAAUGUAAUGUCUCUAAUGUAUUGUUACAGGUAGGUUUUUUUGACUUCCGAAAUUAACCCGUUGUUGAUAUAUUUGCGCAUCAGAUGACAUGACUGUUCUACAUUUACUUUGUCACCUAUAUGGAGGGGUGUUCGUGCAGCUUGACAACUGAUCCAUAGAAAUUCAGCAUGGGCAUUAUGUCUCUGAUUGCGCGCUCGGAGGAGGUAAACAAUGCAAUCAUUUUCUAACAUUGUAACCAUAAAUGCCUUAAUAGUGGAGUAUUUUAUAUCACAGUGGCCAAUAGAAUCUGAGUAGACCUAAUGUACAACAACCAGAUCCUAUGUAAUUUGUGUGUAUAUGCGCCAAAUUUUGAGAAGUUUGUAGAUUUUAUUUUUAUGCUGUGUACCUGCUUGUGGAAAGGAGAGCAGUACUUUCCACAGGCCUUUUUUGUAAGAGUUUUUUUGCCUGUUUGGCCAUCCUUAGCAGUCUGGUGUAUCUUACUGGACGUUGGGUUGGCUCCCCAUGAGGGUGUGUUCACUGCCAUUGCUUACCUAGGUACUACAUGCUUUGGGUACCAACCAUCCCCUGUGUGCUGGUUGUUUACUCAGUGCUGUAAUUGGUCACCUAUUAUGCCAAGGUCUGCAGUAAGUAGUUACUGUGUACUGCAGCUGAUGUUUUUUUUAUUACUGUAAUGUUCAAGCUUGCUUAGGGAUUUAGAAGAAAAAUAAUAAAAGGAUGGUACAAUAGAAUGUAUGGUCAUAAAAUGAAUAAAUCAAUUGAACAGAUUUGUUUUGGUAGAUGCCAUAACGUGCAUAUAGUGCCUAUGUAGGGUAUUAGUUUUGUUACUUUUGAAAAAUUCUCAUUUAAAAAUUAACCUAGUGUAAUGUGUGGUGUGAUCUGGUCUGUAUACUGUUAAUAAGCAGACAAAAAGAUGACAAAGUGGCUGGCUUGUAAACUUUUUGUAAAAAGAGGUAGAUUAUGCAGUGUACACUGUAGUUAUCUCACAUAGUUAAUAUAGAACAUUCAAGGUGUUGAUGGUACUUCUCAAUAUAUUAAGAUGGUAGGGGGGGGGGUGUACCGGUAUAAUUGCUGGGGAUCAUUGUUACUAUCAACUCAUGCUGCUCGGCAUAUUAACGGUGUUUUACUUUAGAGCGCAGCAGCUGUCCAUAAAAGGUACUGUCGUAAUAUUGCAGUAUUCUUAAUUGCUGAAUAGACUCCACAUAUAUCGCCUCUUAUGGGUGGAAAUAUAUUCAUAAAUAAAAACCCCAUUGUGCUUUUAGUAGCUUGUGUAAUCAAACCCAACUUAAACUCCAUUUGACAUUUCUAGGUUUUUGUAAUUAGUGAAUAGCUUUCAUUUAAGGAAGAAAAUGGCACCCUAAAUAUAGUAGUUGCCUUUUUUCAUAACUGUUUUCUGUUUUUGGCAAAAGUCAUGAUCAUGUUCCCUGCACAAGAGAAAUAGCCCGUUUGUUAUCCUUUGGUUUUAAAGUGUACCGUGUAGCCGGAAUAAAUGCUUGCUUGACCGUCUCUCACCAUUAGGUCAUCAGCCGUGUUCCCACAACGUGAGGAGGCACUCCCAAUAAAGAUGGCCACUCCGUAGUGUUAUUGACAGAGCAUUUUAUUGUAUCAUGUUGUCCGUGUUAAACUAUUGCAGAACACCUAAAUACCUGAGGUUACUAAUGCUGUUGCCGGCACAUGCUUCUCCACAGGGGUCCAGAGUGAAUUUCAGGAAGUGUCCUUUGUGUUGGAGAGAUUGCGUACCGUAGGUUAGACUUAAUGCAUAUGCUGGACGCUGCACCAAGUGAUCGUGAAUUUUGUACCACCGACUUCCACUUUCCACCACCUGAUUGAAUGUCUUGGCGUAUUAUACGAGAGCUGCGAGCUUUAUAGGAUUAAAGUUGACUUUUUAUGACUGAAGGUUUAUGUAGAGCACUGGCCCGAAAGUUGAAUAUACAGAUACGUAAUUUAUGCACCUACAUAAGUAUAGCUUGAGUAAUACAGAGCCCUUGUGGAGACGUGUUUAAUUACAAGCAACAUUGGGUUUGUCAAUAAUGUCUCAAGUAAAUUGGCUUAGCUUACAAGUUGUGCUUGAUGGAAAAAAAAACAGGGUAUUCAUUUAACGACAAAUAUAAAUUGCUUAAAAUAAAAACAAAUCUUUGUCCUGGUUAUAGUGGCACUUUUGUGGUUUAAGUUUGUCACAAGCUCUUGAUGAACAGCGUUUGUCAGUGCUCGCACUACCCAGUAACAUUGCUUUAAAGUAGAUAUCACCGUACCGUUGUUAUACCCUAUUUUCUGAAGCAAGUGGGGAGUACCCAUGUGCUAUAUUUGAUAUAAAACAUUUCUGUACAGGAUAUAAAAUAUCAGAACACAAAUGUGAGUGGCGGUAAUGUCCAAGUGGUGGGCGUGUGGACACAUCAAUUAGCAGCACAUGAGAAGCGUUAGCAAAAGAAGUUGAUCUUGCUUCCAGGCGAUGUCUCAGGAUCCCUUCCCUCGAGACUCGUGAAGGCUUAAUUCGAUGAAGCCGCUCUGGCAGAUGAUGGUCUGUGUCUUCUGCCUCUUAAGGACAAUUCCUGCACACAAUAUAAUGCAGUAUGCGUAUUACAAGGUAAACUGAAUUGACGUGAAGAGCGAAACUAUAUGCUGUAUAUUUUACUUAUAUGGAUGGCUUGGGGUUUUUGAAGCUGAUGUAGACAAAAGCUGAAAUGGAGAGCUGAUGUGGAUGGAAAAGCAGUCCAUAGCUUUGGCAACAAGUACACAUGCAAAUGCACAAUUUUUUUUUAAUUUGCUUUGUAAAAUGUUUUUUUUACACUUCCAAAAUAAAAUGCAUGUCUCAGA